AUGCUCGCCUUUCCGCUGCUAGUGCUAUCCGCACUCUUCGUCCUGCUGCCGCUGGCGCUAUGCGCUGAGGACUACUAUAAGAUAUUAGAUAUUGAUCGAUCGGCAUCGGAGCGAGAUAUAAAGAAAGCCUACCGAACUAUGAGCAAAAAAUUCCAUCCUGAUAAAAAUCCUGGAAAUGAUUCUGCGCACAAGAAAUUCGUUGAUAUCGCCGAGGCAUAUGACGUCCUUUCGACGGCUUCCACGAGGAAAAUCUACGAUCAAUACGGUCACGAAGGCCUGCAACAACACAAGCAAGGUGGUGGUGGCAGACAUGACCCAUUCGACCUUUUCUCUCGCUUCUUCGGCGGAGGAGGACAUUUCGGACAUCAGGGGGGCCAUAGACGCGGGCCAGAUAUGGAACUUCGCCUGGACCUACCCCUACGAGACUUCUACAACGGUAGAGAGAUAGACUUCAAGAUUCAAAAGCAGCAAAUAUGCGACUCUUGUGAGGGCACUGGCUCAGUUGACGGCAAAGUCGAUGUAUGCAAUCAAUGUCAAGGCCAUGGCGCAGUGAUACGGAAGCACAUGAUAGCUCCUGGCAUAUACCAGCAGGUUCAAAUGGCCUGUGAUAAGUGCGGAGGGAAAGGGAAAUCAAUUCGCAACCCUUGUAAGAUAUGCAAUGGUGGCCGAGUCGUGAAGGCAGAAGUUCCGAUAUCAGGCACAGUCGAGAAAGGCAUGGGCAAGGGAACUAAAUUGGUGUUCGAGAACGAAGCAGACGAAAAUCCCGAUUGGGUUGCAGGAAAUUUGGUUGUAACAUUGAGGGAAAAGGAGCCUAGCCUUGGUGAAAAUGACGAGGAGCGAACUGAUGGAACAUUUUUCCGCCGUAAAGGCAAUGAUCUCUUCUGGAGGGAAGUUCUUAGUGUUCGAGAAGCCUGGAUGGGAGACUGGACCCGCAAUCUUACACAUUUGGACGGACACAUCGUUCAACUAAGUCGCAAACGAGGCGAGGUCGUUCAACCUUUUACCGUGGAGAAAAUACCAGAGCAAGGGAUGCCAAUAUACCAUGAUGGUCAUAUACAUGAACAGUCUCCUCACGACGAAUACGGUUCUCUCUUUGUCGAGUAUGUUGUUGUCCUACCUGACCAAAUGGAGAGUGGUAUGGAAAAGGACUUCUUCGCCCUAUUCGAAAAGUGGCGGAAGAAGAACGGAGUUAACCUCCAAGAAGAUUCUGGCAGACCUAUUCCCCCAGAAGCAGAGAAGCAUGACGAACUAUAA